CUUGACAAUUAUUAGUAUUAAACUGGUAACGGUAAACAGUGUCAAUGAGUUAAUAAUAGACAGAGAAGUAAGUGUCUGGAUCGGAUUCCCCAUGUAAGGUUAUAUAUUUAAGUGAGUGGAAAACCCAAAACCUUUUUAUGAUGUCAUGGGAGGUAGGUCUAGUACGCUAUAAAAAAGCCUCAGAGAGGAAGUGCUCACAGAUCAAGAGCAACAGUAUGAAGAUGACAAGCGCGGCAGAUUUCGGCAUCAUUGUUUUAAUACUUUGUGGCAUGGAGGUGUCUUUAGCUGUAAGACACGUCACUGUGAUGGAGGGUGAAAGACUAACCUUGCAAUGCCCGGAGGCCCCAGGCAAUAUGGACUGGCACCGAAAGCAAAAUAAUAAAGAUGUUACACUGUUUUUCGACCACAUUAAAGCCUACAAGGACAGUAGAUACAGCAUCCACAACUUUUCCAGUUCAGACUACACUUUAAUGGCGUCACCUGUUUCACUGAAAGAUGAGGGCAUGUAUGAAUGCCACCAUUAUCACAACACAGUCGCAAACGUCACAACAAAGCGAUUCAAUGUGACAGUUUUGGGAAAACCUAAAAUUACGUACACCGAGCAUGAAAACAGCACUAUUGUCAAAUGCUCAGUAAAUGGAAGAACUCCACUCAAACUGUCCUGGCGGUAUAAGGGUGGAAUCGAGGUUGAAGCUCAACCACAGCACACCCAACAAGACAAAACGGGGAGAUGGACCACGGAGGAUGUCAUUAGGAUCAGAAUCCUUAAGAGGAAAAUUAUAGUAAGAUGCAUCCUUCAUCAUCCUGGGCUGCCUCAUGCUGGUGGAGUCACAUUUGAGACCAUAGAAAACAAAAAAUUCAAGCUAUCUUCAACAACAACAAGCAGCACAGAGACGUCAACGUGGUCGACGUCGGCAUCUCUCACCACAGAUUCACCGCAUUUCAAAAUCACAGGAGAGACGGACUACACAGAGAUAACUAGCAUGACAACAAGUCAGUCCACCGAUACAAACAUCAAUACGACUUCCACGCAAAAGAGCACCAAUUCAUUGCUGGUCAACACCAGCUCCACAUCAGACAACACCACUUCUAUAACCGAAAAUGGCAUUGGAAAUUACACUAAAGGAGUCUAUGAGAAACCCUCCUCAGAAAGCCGAGAGGGUGGGAGCGCAUCGCUGUUCAUCUCCUCGGUGACAGCUCUAAUUAUCUGCCUGAUGAUAGUAGUCACGUUCCUCCUUGUCAAGAUGAGGAGAGCCCACCAGAAGUACAAAUCAGAAAAAGAAGAAUCAGAUCAGUCUGUGGAGAGUGGCAAAUCAAAAUCGAGUGGGGAGGAGAGCAAGCCUAAAGUAUCCCUGGGUUUCCUGAAGAGCAAUUUCAGAAAAUAUAAGGUCGAUGUUCUGGGUAAACAAACUUCAGCUUCAACCUCAGCGUCCACUCUAGCAUCGAGUUCAGCUUCAGCUUCAGUUACACCGUCACAUUCCACAUCACACACAGUAGAGGUGACUGUUGAAAAUCACUUGAGAAAUGCCAUCCUGAAAACUCAAGACCAUAGCGCCACACCAAGUCCAGUUAAAGAGACUGAACUGUGAAGUUACCUUUCAUGUAUGAUAAGCUUGAAAUAAUUAUGGACUGUUGGUGCCGAAUCUCAAUAUGUCAAUUUUUGAUGGAUGUAAACAUGUCAGUAAUGCCAUUAUGUCAGUUGUUAAAAUAUGAAAAAAAAUAUUAUGUAAAUUAUCUUAACUGUAUGCUGUGUAUUGAAUAUAUGUACCACACAAAAGUAGCUACACACACAUAAGCUGAAUGAAAGUGUGAUUGAAAGGCCGUGAGACUUUGUUCAAAUAAAGAUAUAUUUUUAACACA